ACAAACAACAACACAUGUUUGAUUGGCUGUGACUUUUUUCUCCCCCUCCCCCCUUCUAUAUCUCUCUCUGUGUCAUUCUCCCACUCUACCUCUCUCUCUCUCUUCUUUCCCUUUCCUCCCUACACUUUCUGCCUCUUCUGCUUCUUCGUCUUCUUCUUCUUCACGAAAGAAUUUCUUUAGCAUUCCUCGUCAGUCUGAAACGGAUCUCAAUAAUGCACAACAACCAGUUGGUGUGAAAAACCAUUAACUCACCAACCAGGCUGGUAUGGAAACUGGUCUCUUCCAAAACACGCUGGUCUAAAAACCAUUCGGCCUAUUCCAUACUUCGUUUCUCCUUCUUUCUUCUUCGUUUCAUUUUAUCCCCCCCCCCUUUAUACUUUCACCGUGGGACCUUUACAGUGUUAACCGGAAUAAUUCCACAAGUGACUUUCUACCUGUUUAAUCAAAUAAUAAUUCACUCACCUGUACGGAGGACACUAUACAUAAACAGCGAGGAGUAUACAUACAUCUAAUAUUACAUAUAUAUAUAUAUACAUAUAUAUAUGUAUAUGAUUACGGACUCACACGAUUGCAUAUAUAUUUAUAUACACGUCUGUAAGUAAAUGUAUAUAUUAUUAAUAUAUGGAGAUAUAUAAGUGAGAUAUAUAUGAUAUAUACACACGUUUUCGGAGGAUGUUUUACCUACCCUUACGGUUUAAUACCUAUCUUUCUAACCGUCAUUUGACUGCGGCUAUGCUGGAGCACCACUUUAAGGGAUUUUCGUCGAACAAAUCGUCAUCAGGACUUAUUCUUUAUGGUCCGAUUAUCAACACCUGGAAAUUUCCACUCCAAAACGCAGGAUUAGGCAAGGUUCUAUAUGGAAAACCACCAUUUGCCCCUGCAAGCAAGUUGCCCCGCUCCACAACACCGAUGUUGUUCAAGGAAAAAGUUAAAUUCUUCUUCACCACGGAGCCUGGCAUGACGUAAAAAAUAAAAACACAACGGAAAUAUUUUUCAACCAAUGAAACAAUGACUCAGUAGUCUCCACCUGAUUUUUAACCAACACCAACACCACUACCACAACGCUGUUUCCACUAUUACUUUGGUUACACUGCUACAAUUACUGCCACCACCAUCAUCACUAUUAUUAUUAUUAUUAUUAUUAUUAUUAUUAUUAUUAUUAUUAUUAUUAUUAUUAUCGCUACUACUGCUAAAACCACUGCUGGUAUAUUUCCAUUACGACAUCUUCGUUCCUUCUCUCCCCGCUUUCUCUCUAUCUCCCUUUCUUUCAAUUUUAUUACGUCACGGUAACCGACUUUCGGUCAUACGCCUUCGAAGAUGACCUACACAUAUUUAUUUUGGUUGGGAAUUGUUCUGCCAACCACCAUAACGGUUUUAUUGUUUAUUUUAUUUCUGGUCUGCUGGUUCAAGUAUAAUCUACGAGAAAAGUUUACUAAAAAAAAACACGAUCCACACCGAGUCAACCAAAAUCACUCACGCUCGACCAAACCGCCAACUGGCUUGCCUCCGCCGCCACCAGUUCAGUAUAAUCGGUCACGCCCGAAUGAUCAGAGAGACGAAAGGUUACCAGCGCGCAUAAUUUACUCCACUUAUCAUGACAGUGGUAUGUCAGAACUGCAUGAAAUACAUUAUAAAUUCGACAGACCGGUUUCUCAGGCUUCUACUGAUUCUGAAGAUUCCGGUUUCCGAAGUUCGAAAUCCGCUCAUUACUUGCCGAACAGGUUGUCUGAGCACAGUUUCCCGCAGGACAUUCCAUUACUAAAACCCGUUAGUGCGAACAUGCCACAUGCGCAGAGAAAUCUGGCGCUAAAUACCAGUGAUUCACCGCGAGGUGGACCGUCAUUUUGGGCUGGGACAUCAAGUUUCGGUCAAUCUUCAUCGUCGUCAUCGUCAUCAAACAAUAACAACAACAACAAUAAUAAUAAUAACAAGAACAAUAACAACAACAACAACAACAAUAAUAGCAAUAAACUGCCUUCUUCUGUAUCGGCGUCGUCCAAUAUCGCUGCAGACGAACAACAACAACAACAACAACAACAGCAGCCCCAUUCGCUAGCGCUACAAAAUGUACAUCAAGAGGAACGGAGAGGUCCGCAUCCAAACCAUCAUCAUCAUCACCAUCAUCACCAUCACCACCACCACCGUUCUCUACCGCAGAGUCCAUUGGCAGACAUUUCGGAAAAUAUGCCAGUCACUCGGCCCAUUCCUUCAUCCCAAUCCACUCCUCUGCCUUAUCCACAGUGGCGGACAGACGCACGUUUGUCUCCAACGCUCCCCAGAGAGGCGAAAAGUCAACAAACAGUUAUCGCCCUUGUACAUAGUCCUAGCCAACAAUCAGAAAUGAACGGACAGCUAUCUUAUGCCAUGGUUUAACACCUGGUCACUAUAAAUCACAGACACAACACACACACACACACACACACACACAUAUAUAUAUAUACACGUUAAUGUAUACACAUAAAUAUAUACACAUAUACUGUUGUGUGUCGAUAUUUACGUUACAGGUACCCUCAAAUGUAUACAAACAGUUUUGCUGUAUGUUAUACGUGUCUACAAACAUUUAGCAUGUAUACACACGCAUCUGCAAGAGUUCCAGCUGUAUACAUGCAGUUACAAUAGUUUCAGACGUUUACACGUGUCUCCAAGAGUUCCGGGUGUAUAAAUGCAUUUGCAAAGAUUUCAGGUCUGUGCAGGUGUGUUUACCAAAGCUCCAGAUGUUUACACAUGCAUUUACGAAACUUCCAGACGUACUCAAGCAUUUAAAUAUUCAACUCAAUUUACAGACAGUCAUGAUGUCUACACAUAUUUACAUAUUUUCAAGUUGUAUGCUGAUAUAUAUAUAUAUAUAUUGUGAUGUAUACUUUCUUCUAAAUAUGUUCGGAUAUAUACAUAUUUUAAUAGACGUUGCUCUGUAUACAGAAUUUUAAAAUGUUCCAAUGUAUUGUAUAUACACUUUUAUGAAUGAUCCAAUAUAUACACACUUUUAUAGAUCUUCCAGCGUAUACACACAUGCACAGAGAUUCUUCAUGUUUAAAAAUCUUUUCCCAGGUUUUCCUAAGUGUCGGCAAUCAAAGACGCAUAUAAGUACAUUUGCGAUCGUA